UCAUCCCGCCCCUUCCCGGAAAAAGGACCACAAGUCCGAGUCGGGGCCCGGGAAGUCUUGGACCACCCUGCCCCGGACUGCAGGAAUCCUUAGGCUGAGCUCGGCGACCUGCUCAGUUCGGUUCGGUUCGGCUCCUCCUCCUCCCUCCUCUCCCCCUCCCCUUCCCCCUCCCUACUUCGCUUUACCCGGGGAGGGCGCCACCGACCGAGAGGGGCAGGACGCGAGGGGCGGACCCGGGAAAGGCGCCUCCGCCCUUGCCAGCUGUGGAGCCAUCGGGCGAUCGGCCUACGUGAAGCCCAGGACGGCUGGUGAUUGGUCGAGGCGAGGAUGUGGCGCGGCGUGGCUCAGUUCGCGUUGGCCCGUGCCCCGAGGGGCGGAGCCUGGGCCUCCGCCAGGGGGCGGGGCUGGGGCCGUUUUGGUGCCGACCGUACCGGUUCCUCGUCCAGCAGCUCAGUCCUCGGAGCGACGGCGCCGCACCGGAUCUUCAGCGGGAGUGCAGGCUUCUUGGGAAGGAUUAAACAGAUUUCAACAAUGCCUGAAAUAAACACUGACAAUCUUGACGAGCAGCAAGUUCAGCUCCUUGCAGAGAUGUGCAUUCUGAUUGAUGAAAAUGAUAACAAGAUUGGUGCAGAGACUAAAAAGAAUUGCCACCUGAAUGAAAACAUUGAUAAAGGAUUAUUACAUAGAGCUUUUAGUGUCUUCUUAUUUAAUACAGAAAAUAAGUUAUUACUGCAGCAGAGAUCAGAUGCUAAAAUUACUUUUCCAGGUUGUUUUACAAACACUUGUUGUAGUCAUCCACUAAGCAACCCAGUAGAACUGGAAGAAAAUAAUGCCAUAGGAGUAAGACGGGCAGCUCAGAGACGUUUAAAGGCUGAACUAGGAAUCCCUAUGGAACAGGUUCCUCCAGAAGAUAUUUCCUAUCUAACACGAAUCCACUACAAGGCACAAUCUGAUGGGAUUUGGGGAGAACAUGAAAUUGAUUAUAUCUUGUUUGUGAGGAAGAAUGUGACCUUAGAUCCAGAUCCCAAUGAGAUUAAAAGCUAUUGCUAUGUGACCAAAAAAGAACUAGAAGAACUCCUGGCAAAAGCAGCUAAUGGUGAAAUUAAGAUUACACCAUGGUUCAAAAUCAUUGCUGAGACUUUUCUUUUUAAAUGGUGGGAUAACUUGAAUCACUUGAACAGAUUUAUUGAACAUGAGAAAAUUCAUAGAAUGUAAACAUGUGGGCCUAGAAAGCUCCACAUUAGAGUCAUUUUAAAAUUCCCUUGUUCUCUUUUAUGAGGACCAUCAUAGAUGAAAUGCUAUUCGAAUAUGUAGAAAGACCACUGGCUGGGGGACUGUAAAUUGUACAUCUUGUGUGUACAUGUGGCCAAAAGGUAUAUACAUGUGAAGGAUUUUUUAUUCAAAACAAAACCAAACCACACAUGCCUGCAGACACACUUAAAAUUUAACUCGAUUAAAUUCUUUUAACAUGUGCCUAAAAAAAUUUUAUUUGUGGGAAAUUUGCACAAAUUAAGUUUUAAUAUGAUUGGGACAGACACUUUCAGUAUCUUAAGUUUCUAUUAUGGUUCAAAUAAAAAUAUUUGUCUAAAGGAGGAAUAUAUUCUAAAUUAUUGAUUAUCUUUUUAUCUGCUUGGCUAUUUUGAAACAUGCUGAAAUCAUUUCUGUCUAACUAUAUUGAAAUAGAACAGAAGAUUCAAAGGAAAUUGGUGAUGUCUCAAAUGUUUGGUUUCUUUACCUCAAUUCUGAGUGAAAAUGGGGAUUAGUCAUUCUAGAAGUGGGCCUUUUUAAAAAAAGGAAGAAAUGAAAGUUUUAAGUUUUAGCACUACUCUUUGUAUACAUACUUGAAUUCAGACAGCACUAUUCUAGGGAAAAUUAACAGGACAAAACCUUUUUUAAAAAGUUUUUCAUCUAGGCAAAUUUUUCAUAACAAAGUUUUAAAAAUCAAAAUGACUGCUACUAUUCAUGAACUAGGAAUGUAGAUCACAAAACACAGAGAGCAUGACUUGAUUGUAGAAGAGAAAAAUUAAAGCCUAACAUCUAUUUUAAGAUAGUCUAUAUAGCAAGAUGUUCAUGAACCAGUCUGAGCCAAGUAAAUUUAGGAUAUUAAGGUAAUAAGAUACAAUUUAAAAUUUUACCUUCUGAUUUUCUUAAAUAACAUUUGAAUUCUUGGGAGAUUCUGUUAACCAUAAAAGUUAUGGUCCUAACAAAACAUGAAGAAAAAAUUUAAAAUGUGCUUCUUAAACCUAUUAUAUACAGGUAAAAAGGGGAUGGGGGAGGGAAAAUCAUGUCUUUAAACUUUAAUAUGUAUUUAUUUAUAGUUUCUAAAUGAUUAUAAUGAACCUCUUUUUGUCCUGCUAAUCUGUAUACAGCAUGACUUAUGAUGGAUUUAUUUUACUAAACAAAAU